AGCGAGGGCGCGGGCAGGGCGGCCGGCGGAGCGCCGCGAUCAAUAAGUGCGCUGACGUCAGUCGGCGGGCGCGCGCCAUUGGCCCGUCCGGCAUUAUUAAAUAAACCUCCGAACGGAGUGGCGCUCGAACGUCGCGCCGCGGGCACAGCACCGCAUCGCGGCGGGCCCGCGCACCCGCGCAGCGCUCGCGGCCUGCCGCCGCCUGCACGCCAUGGCCGACAUGCCGGACCUGUCGCACCUCACGCCCGAGGAGCGCGCCAUCAUCGAGGGCGUCAUGCUGCGCCAGCGGCAGGAAGAACAACGAGAGCACGAGAUCAUGAGGCGUAAACAAGAUGAAGUGGCCGUGCUGGAGCAGACCAUACGCACGAGGAACGAAAUGCAACGCGCGGCGGGGGUUGAGCUGGCCGCUACAUGCCACAUCUGCCUCAAGACCAAGUUCGCGGACGGAGUGGGCCACUCGUGCCAUUACUGCCGCGUCAGGUGUUGCGCCCGUUGUGGCGGAAAAGUUACCUUACGCUCUAACAAGGUAAUUUGGGUAUGUAUAUUAUGUCGCAAAAAACAAGAACUGCUAUCUAAAACCGGACAAUGGAUACACAAAAGCGCCGGACAAGAUGCCAUGUUGUGGCGCAUGGAAUCGGACCUACACGGCCUAGUGUCGCCCGCUGAUUCCACCAUUGACAAGAGACCAAAACUGGAAAGAGCCCACAGCGCCGCGGAGAAAGAGAACCUGCCGCUUCAGCGCUCGGGAAGUGCAUUGAGGCGCCAGUACAGUCAGCAGGAGCCGCGUUGCUACGGUGAGCUGGAGGGGCUGGCGCGCACGCACCCGCACCUGGUGCACCCGCGCCAGAAGGCGGCGUACGGCGUAGAGGAGCCGCCCUCGGCCUCGCAGCCCGCGCCGCACUCCCUCGCGCACCCGCUGCCGCCGCGCUCCUCCUCCUCCGACGACGAGGCCCCGGAGUGCAUCUCUGACGAGAACGACGAGUAUCGCGAUCGUGGACAACUAGAGGCGUGCGCGACGCUACGGCACCCACACCUGCGCAGCGCCAGCGUAGUAGCCAACAAUUAUUACAAUUUGACUAAUCAUGCUGCAAGCACAUACGAAGCGGAGGCGCGCGGUAUGUUCGAUUUGCGACCUGCGCCCGCCGGUGGACGCAGCUUCGACUCCGUCACGGACUGCCGCUGGCGCGCACGCGACGACGGCGAGGGCGCCUACCUGCGUCCGCUCGCGCUCGGCGAGGGCCCGCGCCCGGACCGAGCUGUUUAUAAGAGUGCCUAUCUAUGGGAAGACUCCUCUGACAACCGACGCUUUACCGAGAGGAGAAAAAAAACAGUCCGCUUCGACGGACACGAGGGCGCUGCGACAUUCCCGCGGGGCGGUCGCGACGCGUCUGGCGCACCCCACGACUGGGCCUCGCUGCGCUGGGAGUCUGAGCGCCAGACCAGCCAGGACUCCGCUACUAAAGACUCGGGCAUCGAUACCUCUAGCACCUUCACCUCCAGCGAAGACUCGAACAGGGGCGACUGCCCUAAGUUCCCGCUGAGCUGGCAGGUGUCGACCGACGGCUCGCGCAUGGUCGGACACAUGGUGUUACGCAAGAGUGUCGUGGAAGGCAGCGGACACUCCUCCGCCGCCAUCUUGGGCCUUAAGGUCGUAGGGGGCAAGCUGCUGUCCGAUGGCACACGCGGCGCCAUCGUCGAGAAAGUCAAGAAGGGCUCCAUCGCGGACUUGGAGGGCCAACUGAGGACAGGCGACGAGGUGCUGCAAUGGAACGGAGUGCCGCUGCAGAACCGCAGCGCGGAGGAAGUGGCGGCGGUGGUGGCGGACAGCAAGCACGACUCGCACGUGGAGCUGCUCGUGGCGCGCCCGCUGCCCGCCGCGCGCCCCCCCGCCCCGCAGUGGAGGACACACAAAGCGAGAUUGUUGUACCGUGCAGAAGUGUACACGGAGGUGAUGGGCGGGUGCGAGAACCCCAGCGUGCUGGUGACGUCGCCCGGCUCGCCCGACGUGCACGCGCGCCGCCGCCCGAGGCACCACCACAGCGCGCACGUCGCCGGACGGAUACAGUUGAAAGUAUACUUCGACAUCAGCGCCCUGCAGCUGGUGUUAACAGUAGUGUCGGCCAGCGGGCUCUGUCCCCGGCCGGACGGCACUACUCGCUGCCCGUACGCGAAGAUCUUCCUAUUGCCCGACAAGAGCGAGAAGAGCAAGCGACGGACUAAGACUCUCGCCAACACUCUGGAACCGAGGUGGAACCAGACCUUCGUGUACUGCGGCAUACGUAUCACCGAUAUAAAGAAACGGAUAUUGGAGGUAACAGUUUGGGAUCUGAACCGUUACGGCCCAAACGAUUUCCUGGGUGAAGCACUUCUGGACCUAGACGCGGUCGUGAUGAACAACGAGCCCUGCUGGUACCCUUUGAAGCCACAUGAAGAAAACUCCAGUUUUAGCCGGUACCGCGAAGAGGAAGCGGACGGCGAGCACCUGUCGCCGCCGUCAACGUCGACGUCGCGGCUGUCCGACUCCGACACGCCGAGCGAGUGCGACCUGCGCCGCCACCACUCGCUCUCCAGCCUCGCCUCCAGCUCCAGCCCUCCGCCGCCCCACGAGCGCAUGGAGACGGAUGGCGCGCGCUGCAGCCGUCGCGAUAUGUCGCCCGCCGGACGAGUGCGCGCCGCCGGCAUGACCAGGGACAGAAGCGGCGGCUACAGCACGGGGCGGUCGCAGUCGGCGGCGGCGGGCGCGCGGCCGGCGCGCGCGCGCAGCAAGUCUCCGCGGCGCUCGCUGUCCCCGCCGGCCGACCGCGACGGCGCGUGGCGCUACACAGGUGGCCCAGGUGUCCCAGUGUGCGAGGAGCGCGAGGCGACGCGGCUCCCGACGCACGCGUACGCGCCGCGGUUCCAGUCGCGCUCCGCCACCGCCACGCCCACCACCAGCCCCAAGAAACGACAGCUUCCUCAAAUACCCCACCAGAGUGCCCAACGAGCGGUCCGCGCGCAGGUGUCGGCGGACCUCGAGGAACGUAAGUGGAUCGCCCCGCACCACAUUGGCGCCACACUCACCUACCGAAGCACGCCACAAGGUUGGGAGCGGCACUACGCGGGAUUGUCGGACUCCGAGCUGGCGGCGCGCGGUGGCGGCUGGCCGCGACGCCGGCUGUCGCCCGACGCGGCCGCCGCCGACUCCGAUCUCGAGUCCGUUGCGUCCGUCACCUCCAGCGCCUUCAGCACGCAGUCUGAGCGGCCACGCCCCACGCGCAUGCUCAGGAAACGCAUCCUUCCUGUACAUAGUACAUCAUCCUCUUGUGAUAGUGCUACCCUCAUCCCUAGACUGUAUCGCCAAUGCGAAUUUCCUGAUCGAUUGUUGCCUUACGUGUUCAUGUCGAAUGGGUUGCGCCGCCGAGCUCGCUUGCGCCCCGAGCUCUGCCACAGCGGGCCGCCCACGGGCCACCGUGCGCGCCCUACCCGUCGCCUCAGACGGCAUCUGGCUCGCAGCGGCUCGGCUGGUUCAUCCUCCAAAGAAUAUUCACACCGUCAUUCAUACGAAAGGAGUCAAAGUUGCCCUGAGUAUUACAAUCACGCCCACGCUUACAACAUGAGCGAAGGAUAUAGCGAAUAUGCCUACCAAAUGGACUUCCGAACUUCUCGACAGAUACAUAAUAUAAAACACUUGCCAUUAUAUAAAGAACAACGAAGUUUGUCUACAAAUCAAAAUCAUCCUGAUCUUCCUAGCCACCCAUUUCUCCAAACUGUAGCUACUAGGAGAAAACCACAACCAAAAUUAGAAAACUCAUCUUGGGAUUAUCGACGUUCAGCAACUAUUGACAGUUAUAUGCUCAGAUCUAAAGAGCCCGUUAGAAGAAAACUGCCUAGUGUCGUAAGUUUCAUUAGAUCAGAAAGUACUGUAGCAACACAGGUGUCUGAAAAUGAUCUCAUCACCUUAAACAAAUGCAAUACACCUAAUUCAAGCAUAGAUUCACACCACCAUGAACGAAGGGCAUCCAAUUCUAUAUUGCAUAAACCAUCAAGUACCGACUUAACGCAAAGUUGUGAGAAUUAUUCUCGAUACCAUGGGUAUGACAGUGACGGCAGCACAGCGGAAACAACUAUUCACAUAAGCAUAGAUAAGCAAAAUAGUUUGGAAACCGCCGAUACUGCCCAAAUAAAAUCCGCGCGCGACUCCCCGGGUGAACUGUGUGAGUCAGAUAUCGCACCUAACGGUAAACAAGAGGUGUCUCAUAUAAACAAUGAAAACGAAAGCAAAUCUGUUGAUCAGAAACUUUCUUUCGAUUUGGCAAAUAGUGAACAAAAAGAUGAGGAUAGUUACGAAUCCUAUAAUCAUAAAAGAUCCCAAAGGCGUCAUUCCGAUUCGCUGGUUGUAACUAAAUGUCAUUUAGACUCUAUAAAAAAACAUGAUGUUACACCCACGGAAAAUGUAAAAAACAUAUUUAAGAAGAUGAGCAUAACGUGUAAAGACACCGAGCCACUUAAAGAGGUUGCCGCAAAAUAUUCCAGUAAACAUAAGGAGAAUGAAUCAAAUGGCAUGAACACAAAGAGGCAAGGCUCCGUUAGUAUUAACGACAAACCCACCUUCCAAGAAUUUCGCUCACCAAACUCCCUCUCUCCUCCACCAGACUUAGAGAUAUCGUUCAAAGAACCGUUAACGUCUAUAAUUAAAAAGGCUCGCAUCCGUUCGUAUUCUUUAGCAUCAACAAAUCAUCUAGACCAAGAAUUUAGUAUGAUGGCUAAUUCUAUGUGUAUUGCUCUCUCUCCUACAAACCUCGGCUCGCCCCGCCGCGCGCUCACUCCCGUCGACCCACAUCUACCAUCCGACGACACCCAUCAAACCACUGCCGACUCGCCGCUACGCCCGGAUGUCGAACCCGUGCUCAACGCACCAUCCGCGCAUCCUGAAUUUCAAACUAUACAAUCAUUGGCACCUGCAUCUCGACGCGCCGCUCAUCAACCCAAAAAAUCAUCUGUAAAAUCUGGAAAAAAUCAACGCGGUAAAUCUUCAUCGCGGCGGGGGUCCAAACGCAGUAAUGACUACGGAGGGCGCGAGAACGGGCGCAGCGGCACCCAGACGCAGCCGCUGGAAAGAAGAGAGUCGCGCAGAGGCCAAUUCACGCGAAGCCUCAGCAACGCAGACGUACCGCCGGAUGAAAAAGCAGAUUUCCACUAUAACGUAAAACUUUGCGAAGACGGCAGCCUGAGCGACACGGCGCUGGGCGGCGCCAGCGAAAUGGAGCCCAGUAGUGACGACGUGCUGCUGAAAGCGGAACCCCGAGACUACUUCGGCCCCGGCAUGGGCAAGAAGAGCAACUCUACAUCGCAGCUCUCCGCCACAGGACGAAAACGGAGGUUAGGGUUCGGUAAACGUGGGAAAAAUUCAUUCACGGUACAACGCAGUGAAGAAGUGGUGCCAGGAGAAAUGCGAGGAGGCGCUGUGGGUGUGUCGCGGGCCUCCUCCGCCUCCAGCGAGAACGACGAGGACAGAUGGUCACCCGGUAUGCGUGGGUCGGGCUCGUCGGACGGCGGUGGCCUAUCGGACUUCAUCGACGGCCUAGGUCCCGGACAACUAGUUGGACGCCAGUUGCUCGGAGCGCCUACGUUGGGCGAUGUCCAACUUUCCAUGUGCUACCAAAAAGGCUUCCUUGAGGUGGAGGUGAUUCGCGCUCGUGGUCUUCAGGCCCGGCAGGGCUGCCGCACUCUCCCAGCGCCUUACGUGAAGGUAUACCUCGUCAACGGCAAGCGUUGCGUUGCUAAGGCGAAGACCAGCACCGCCCGGAGGACCCUCGAUCCCCUCUAUCAGCAGACGCUCACAUUUCGGGAAAAUUUUAAAGGAUGUGUAUUGCAAGUGACCGUUUGGGGCGACUACGGCCGCAUCGAAGGCAAGAAGGUGUUCAUGGGCGUGGCGCAGAUUAUGUUAGACGACCUCAACCUUUCCAAUAUUGUUAUAGGAUGGUACAAGCUCUUCGGGACUGUAUCUUUGUAACGGAGGUUUACCGCCUCCUUUAAGACGUUUGAGCAACCUAUAUCAUCAGAAUAAAAAUUAAAUUGUCCAAAUAAUAAAUUUAGUGAUACUGCUUUAAUAUCAUGAUAAAACGCAAAAUAUCUUGAAUAUAGGAAAUUUUCUAUAAAACGAAAGUUUAAAUUAUUUAUAUUAUAAUUUUUCUUGUGAAAUGCCUACCGGAGUUUUGAAUAGAUAGCAUUUUAUAGCAAUGAAACAAAUGUAUAGUGUACUCAAUAAUAUGUAAUUAAGUAUUAAAAUAAAAGCCAAAUUGCAA